AAUGUAUGAAACACUUGUUAUGGGUCCUGAUUAAACUAACACGGCGUAAAGUGUGUUAGGAAUCGGCAUCGUGUUUACAAAUUUUCAAGACAUUGAUUAAAGUUGCUUGAAUGCAUCGCCAUGACAGUUGUCAUUGGGUUUGAAGGAAGUGCCAACAAAAUUGCCGUGGGGAUUGUAAGAGAUGGAGAGGUGCUCUCAAACCCCAGACGCACCUACAUCACGCCACCUGGCCAAGGGUUUCUGCCCAGUGAGACUGCUAAGCAUCACCGCGCUGUGAUUCUGACAGUUCUUCGAGAGGCACUGGAUGAAGCUGGACUGACACCUGCUGAUAUUGACUGUGUAGCAUACACCAAAGGUCCUGGCAUGGGUGCACCUCUUGUGACGGUGGCUCUGGUGGCGCGGACAGUGGCACAGCUGUGGGGGAAACCCCUGCUGGGCGUCAACCACUGCAUUGGGCACAUCGAGAUGGGACGCCUCAUCACUCAUGCCAACAACCCCACGGUGCUUUAUGUCAGCGGCGGAAACACACAGGUGAUUGCUUACUCUGAGCGGAGAUACAGGAUAUUUGGGGAAACCAUUGAUAUUGCAGUUGGAAAUUGCCUGGAUCGAUUUGCCAGAGUCAUAAAAAUAUCAAACGACCCUAGUCCAGGAUACAACAUUGAACAGAUGGCUAAAAAGGGCAGUCAGUACGUUGAGCUGCCAUACACUGUAAAAGGCAUGGAUGUGUCCUUUUCUGGAAUAUUGUCAUACAUUGAGGAAGCAGCACAUAAGAUGUUGAGUUCUGGACAGUGCACUGCAGAGGACCUAUGUUUUUCUCUUCAGGAGACGCUGUUCUCCAUGCUGGUGGAGAUCACGGAGAGGGCCAUGGCCCACUGUGGCUCACAGGAAGUGCUCAUCGUCGGGGGCGUGGGCUGCAAUCUGCGACUGCAGGAGAUGAUGGGUGUCAUGUGUAAGGAACGGGGGGCCAAGCUGUUCGCCACAGAUGAGAGAUUUUGCAUUGACAACGGAGCGAUGAUUGCACAGGCUGGCUGGGAGAUGUUUCGCUCUGGUCAAGUAACAGCGCUGCCAGAUUCCUGGAUCACCCAAAGGUACAGAACAGAUGAAGUUGAGGUGACGUGGAGAGACUGACAGCAGGAUUCUCAGCACGGGAUGGAAAAUAGAAACACCUGUAGAAGAAUCAAGUGGGACACAGACAGUGCGAUAGUUUAUGAAGGUUGGUCUGCAUACUACAAUUUAAGCGCCAAAAAAUAAACUUUAUUAAAUCAGAACGGCAAGCUUUGAUCACCCUGAAUCUUCAUCAGGCACAUGCACAUGCAUAUGCUGAAUGAAUAAAUUUGACAUUCUUCACUUCGUAUAUAAAAGGAAAUGGGUGGUUUAGUUUCAAAAAUUCAAAGGACCACAAUGGAAAUGCACUUUUGAGCUUCAUUGUGUUCAUCCUGACUCUCCAUUUUAGUCUUAAGUGUGUUUAUUAAAGUUGAUGAAAUUUAUUUUAUUUAUUUUAUUGAGCUUAUUUCGUAUUGUGCAGACCUAUCUACUUUCUGACAUUUUUGUCGGGCACCUGCAACAAGUGACUUUGGAUGUGCGCAUCCUACCCAAAAUAACAGAAGACACUGUGAUCCAUCAGUUUUGUGCUUGAUGAUGGAGAAACUGAUAAUGCGGCAACCAAAAGAAUGGGGGGAAACUAGCAUGUCUGUACCAUGUGGGACGACUAGUUGUUAUCCAUUGUAAACUGUAAACUGAAUGUGAUCUUGAUGUGGAGAGUUCCUAUCUGUCUGUUGCUAAUAAAUUUGAGAGGAGUUUUUGUAAGUAUAAUUUGCUUUUUGGUG